UGUAUCGUUGGUCAAAUGUUUAUGUCUACGGGUAUUUUCGAACGACUUGCUGCAAGCGUUUUCUGAUCUAGAGUAUUUUUCCGUGCUAUCUCAGAGCUCCUAGUUCAUGCAAUCUGCAAGAGACUGAUCAUGCUGCGAGAAAGGCAUUUUCAUAUUUGGAAGAGAUUGAUAAGCGUUUCGAAACAUAUCUCCGGAGAGCAAGGACCGAUUUCUACAUCGGAUACACGUCUUUCGAGAUCAUAUUCAGGAACCACUGCUUCAUCGAGUAAAACAAGUUAUGAACACGUACUAACUUACCAAGGAAAUUGUGCUUAUCAAGGUGACACGGGAAGGCUGAAAUCGUGCAAAAGAGGAUCAUCCCAGCCAUCUACUGUUUAUCAACAACACCCAAAGCGUUUAUUGUUUACAUCAGCGUCUAACCUUGCAGUCACUCACACUGCCCCAACCAAUAAAACAACGGUAGAUUUACAGAGUAAAACAAAGAGGAAGCCUUCAUCGCAAAACCCAAACAUUGCUCCACGUGCUACCACAAAUCAAAAGCUGAGUGGAAGAUCAAAGGAAAAGGCUGUCCCCUCUUCCAGAGUAGGACGUUUAAUGAACUACAGUGGUCUUGUUGCCGGAUUAGGUCUUGGUACUCUUGCAGAGGUAGCGAAAAGACAGCUUGGUCUUGGCAAAACAGGAUCUAGUAAAACAGACCUUACUGGAAGUGCUUUUCUGUCAGAAGCAAAUGCAGAAAGGAUUGUGACUACACUGUGUAAAAUGAGGGGAGCCGCUUUAAAGUUAGGUCAGAUGCUGAGCAUUCAAGACAACUCAUUUAUUUCACCUGAGCUACAGAGAGUAUUUGACAGAGUGCGUGACAGUGCAGACUUCAUGCCACGUUGGCAACUGGAGAAAGUGCUUGUGAAGGAGCUGGGAGUCAAUUGGCGUGACAAGCUCUCAGAGUUUGAUAUGACACCAUUUGCUGCAGCAUCCAUUGGGCAGGUCCACAGAGGGGUGUUAAAUGAUGGGAGAUCUGUGGCCAUUAAGAUUCAGUAUCCUGGUGUUGGUGAGAGCAUUGACAGUGAUAUUAACAAUUUGAUGACUGUAUUGAAAGUUGGUAAUCUUUUACCAGAAGGCUUGUAUGCAGAGAACGCCAUUGAUGUGGCUCGGCGAGAAAUGGCUUGGGAGGUAGAUUACCUCAGAGAAGCCAAGAAUUCACAGCAAUUUAGGGAAUUACUGAAGGAUAUGCCAGAAUUCUAUGUACCAGAGGUUAUUGAAGAUCUCACAUCCAAACAAGUGCUGACUACAGAGCUGAUAGACGGAACAUCACUGGACAAAAUUGAAAAUGUUGACCAAGAUACCAUUAAUAAGGUGUGCCUGGACAUCCUAAGACUUUGUCUGAAAGAGCUGUUUGAGUUCAGAUUUAUGCAAACAGAUCCUAACUGGUCAAAUUUUUUCUACAAUCCUACCACUGGACAGAUCUGUCUCCUUGAUUUUGGUGCCUCUCGGACGUAUGGCAAGACAUUUGUAGAUAAGUAUAUUAAGAUAAUCCGAGGUGCAGCCAUUGGAGACCGAGACAUGGUUAUUGAAAACUCUAUCGGUCUUGGAUUUCUUACUGGAUACGAGUCGAAGGUGAUGAUCAACGCACACGCAGACGCAGUAAUGAUCCUUGGAGAGCCAUUCUCCAAGAACGAGCCGUUCGACUUUCAGGCCCAGGACACCACCAGUCGCAUCAAGGAACUCAUACCGGUCAUGCUGCGUCAUCGCCUGUCCCCACCCCCCGAGGAAACAUACUCCCUCCAUCGGAAGAUGUCGGGUUCGUUUUUACUGUGUGCCAAACUUGCUGCCUCAAUCAACUGCAAACCGCUUUUUGACGAAGUAUGGGAAAAGUAUAAGUUUGAUUAAAUGGUACUCUACUUACUCAUGCGUAUCAUGGUUGUUAGUUAAGUCACCACAUUAAGCAAAAUUUGAGCCACGGUGCUCCUGUUGAAACUCAAUAGUCCAGGUUCAAUAUCUUUGUGCGAGGGCCAAGAGGCCUGGGUUGAGCAUAUGAAGACGAGUCAUCCUCGUGUUUUCUAAGGAAGAGUGAUUGAAAAGCGGCGAAAUUUUUUUUUUGGUAGUUCGGUUUGUUUCUCUUCUCGUCUUUCCCUUUUCUUCAAACUUUCAGCUAAACAUGUAUUUAAGAAGAUUUUCUCUGGGAAAAAGGCAUUUUUGAAAAGGGAUAGAAAAGUGAUAAAUGUCCUUUUAUAUUCAUUUUUUCCUGGAAGUUCACUUCGUCUGCUAGAUCCAGUCUCCCUGACUCGCGGGCAACCGUUUUGAAAGUGGACCAUUUGAAGACUUAAUAAAAAAUAAAAAGGAAAAUUAUUUUGUUGAUGAUGAAAAUACUGUUAUUGAUUAAAGGUAUACUUUCCGACCUGA